GCCAUCUGUUGCAGAGCCGAAAUGGGUCAACGAUCUGUUGUUGGAGUUACCUGGCUGGUCACCCUUUAGCAGUCCCUUCAGCCCGGCAUUUCUCACUUCCAUCCAGGUUGAGACUCGUACCACUUUUACGGUGUCUGGCUUUCAGUUCGACCUCAAGAUGGAAGAGCACUUUUCUGAUCAGUGA